UAUAUCAAACGCACAUUUUCGUUGUGGCAGGGCUGGGCCGACUUGGCCAACGACAUUCUCCGGGUACAUUUGGGUCUGGAUGUACCGUCGUUAAAGCAAACAAAUGGACCACCCAAUGAAGAAGAAGAAGAACAGUGUUGUUGUAUGGUCGUUGCUGGCGAAGUUCGUCCGCAUCAAAAUGGACAAUUGAUUGUAUUUGACGACAGCAAGUUGCACUAUGCGUUUAACAAACACCCCACCGCGAACCGGUGUGUGCUGAUUGUGGAUGUGAUGCGGCCUGCAACCGUUCCAAAGGGAAAAGCCGUGGGCGGCCACACAGACGAACUGGAUCGGUUUAUUGAACAGUACAAUGCGUCGCUAGUACAGCCAGACGACGACGAGUAAACUUGUUAACAUUGUGAAACAUAUGGGA